CCUGCCUGGACUGCUGGAGCCUCUGAGUGACAUUUCCAGGCCUAAACAGUGGGAUCAGGGGUGGUCCAGGCAUAAAUAGUGGGAUAAGGGGUGGAACAAGAGGAUCUUUAAGGUCCCUUUCAGCCCAAACCUUUCCAUGAUUCCACGAUUGUAGGAAUGCUGCUGCUUCCUGCUUAAAGCAUUUUGUACAAGGGAGAUAAUUCUGAAUGGCUCUGCACAAUCCAAAAAUCUUUCCUUGCCUCCUCUCUCACUUCCCAGAGACAUUAAGCUCCCAUUCCAUGGCAGUGAGAAAGGAUGGAGGGUGCCAGCAAGCAAGGUGUCACCCCAGCCAUCCCCUGACUCACUCCAGGUUUUGUGGCUCAGCCCAAAAAGGGACUCCCGUGUUUGGAUCAGCUCAAUUACUCCCCAGAGCAGCAAUGCAGACAGGAGCAGGCCUUGGAAAAAAAGAUUUGAUGAGACGGAGAGGAAGCCAGGGACAAGGCAGGGCUGGUAUAAAACCUCCCUGGGGUGCAUCUUCCCGCACUGCUCCAGCUCCGAGGGCACGAGGACCAACCAUGAAGGCUUUUCUGGUGGCCCUGCUGGCUGCAGUCCUGUGUGCCCAGCAAGCUUCCUCCCUAUUUUGCUACGUCUGUGACAACGAACAUUCCAACUGGAACUGCCUGAAAACCUACAAGUGUGAGGAUCAUGAGAAAUACUGCACGACCACAUACAGCACUGCCGGAUUUGGCAAGGACAUGGGACACCGCAUCACCAAGAAAUGCUCUGUGGACUGUCCCGAGACCAACGUGAAUUUCGGGGUGGCCGCUUACUCCACCAAGUGCUGCAGCACCUCCCUGUGCAACUUCAGCGGCGCCAACAGCAUCCGGAUCAACUACGCCGUGGUCCUGCUGGGAAUCGCGGGAAGUUUGAUCUGUGUGCUCAGGGUGGGAUUGUGAGCAGGGCUGGCAGAAGAUUGUGACCACCCGAGAAGCCACAAGGUAUUCCCCAAGUGAGAAACCUCAGCCGAGUGUUUCCAGCAGCGACCCGGCUGUAUUCCAAGACAUUGCUUCAGAUCCCAACACGACACCUAUUUCCCCCCCCAUGUUGUUUUGUACUAAUUUUCCCCUGGAAAAGCUCUUUUGAUAGCACGCGUGUGAUGGUUGUCAGACAAAAUAAAGAUUUGUGUUAUUCUA